AUGCUUCGCCUGGCGGAACUAUCCUUCAACGCCCGGACUGAUAUCGAUUUCGAUGUUCUACUUGGAACAAGAGACUUGCCGCCGAUGGAAAGAGCCACCGUCUUAUGGAAUUUGAAUCGAAUCGGUUGAAAUAGAAAUGAAAAAAAUGAUUCGAAAAAUUGAAAGAUUUUUUUUAGUUUGCGACGAGAUGAAGCUGGGCUACAUGAUCAUGUUGGCCGGAACAAAUUCCUUGAAUUUUGGGGUUUAUGAAGCGAUUUCCGACUCGAUGAAGGUUGAUUUUUCGUUAGUUGAAUAAGAACUUUUAAAAAAUUCUGACCUGUCUGCGCCCUCUUUUCCCUCGAAAGAACGUGAAAAUAGCGCCUAAGAAUGAGAGGGCGCCGAGAAAUGAGACUUUUUCGAGUUUCGGCGAAAGAUCAAAUGAAUUUGAAGCUCUAGUCAUAACAUAGGAAAGCCAGAGUAGUCCCUAUAGGGGUUAGGGGACAAAAAGUGGUCCCUGGAGGGAUUAAGGAUCUGACCUUUAAGAGCUUAAGUGGUCCCUUUAGGGGUCUCUUAUAUUUUGGGAUAAUUUAAUGAUAAUAAAGACGUAUAUAAUAAAAAUUGAUUAUUAUAUUCAAAAAACGCCAUUAUAACAAUAAUCGACCAGUAUGCUUCCCUCUAGGGGCCGCUUUAGCAAGCUUGACUGUCUACUAUAGGGGAAGAUAAAAUGAUCCCUAUAGGGAAACCUUCAAGGACCCCUUUGGUUGCCCCUCUUAGUCAUAACUUAUUGAUGUCAGAGUGGUCCCUAUAGGGGUCAGGGGACAAAAAGUGGUCCCUGGAGGGAUUAAGCAUCUGACCUUUAAGUGGUCCCUUUAGGGUCUUCAAAGUCAAAAAUCUUGAUCCUGUGGGUAUUUUUCCAUUCGAAAAACGCAAAUAUAACAAUAAUCGACCAGUAUGCUUUCCUAUAGGGGCCACUUUAGCAACCUUGAGUGUCUACUAUAGGGGAAGAUAAAAAUGAUCCCUAUAGGGAAACCUUCAAGGACCCCUUUGGUUGCCCCUCUUAGUCAUAACUUAUUGAUGUCAGAGUGGUCCCUAUAGGGGUUAGGGGACAAAAAAAGUGGUCCCUGGAGGGAUUAAGCAUCUGACCUUUAAGUGGUCCCUUUAGGGUCUUCAAAGUCAAAAAUCUUGAUCCUGUGGGUAUUUUUCCAUUCGAAAAACGCAAAUAUAACAAUAAUCGACCAGUAUGCUUUCCUAUAGGGGCCACUUUAGCAACCUUGAGUGUCUACUAUAGGGGAAGAUAAAAAUGAUCCCUAUAGGGAAACCUUCAAGGACCCCUUUGGUUGCCCCUCUUAGUCAUAACUUAUUGAUGUCAGAGUGGUCCCUAUAGGGGUUAGGGGGACAAAAAGUGGUCCCUGGAGGGAUUAAGCAUCUGACCUUUAAGUGGUCCCUUUAGGGUCUUCAAAGUCAAAAAAAUCUUGAUCCUGUGGGUAUUUUUUUUCCAUUCGAAAAACGCAAAUAUAACAAUAAUCGACCAGUAUGCUUUCCUAUAGGGGCCACUUUAGCAACCUUGAGUGUCUACUAUAGGGGAAGAUAAAAUGAUCCCUAUAGGGAAACCUUCAAGGACCCCUUUGGUUGCCCCUCUUAGUCAUAACUUAUUGAUGUCAGAGUGGUCCCUAUAGGGGUUAGGGGGACAAAAAAAGUGGUCCCUGGAGGGAUUAAGCAUCUGACCUUUAAGUGGUCCCUUUAGGGUCUUCAAAGUCAAAAAUCUUGAUCCUGUGGGUAUUUUUCCAUUCGAAAAACGCAAAUAUAACAAUAAUCGACCAGUAUGCUUUCCUAUAGGGGCCACUUUAGCAACCUUGAGUGUCUACUAUAGGGGAAGAUAAAAUGAUCCCUAUAGGGAAACCUUCAAGGACCCCUUUGGUUGCCCCUCUUAGUCAUAACUUAUUGAUGUCAGAGUGGUCCCUAUAGGGGUUAGGGGACAAAAAGUGGUCCCUGGAGGGAUUAAGCAUCUGACCUUUAAGUGGUCCCUUUAGGGUCUUCAAAGUCAAAAAUCUUGAUCCUGUGGGUAUUUUUCCAUUCGAAAAACGCAAAUAUAACAAUAAUCGACCAGUAUGCUUUCCUAUAGGGGCCACUUUAGCAACCUUGAGUGUCUACUAUAGGGGAAGAUAAAAUGAUCCCUAUAGGGAAACCUUCAAGGACCCCUUUGGUUGCCCCUCUUAGUCAUAACUUAUUGAUGUCAGAGUGGUCCCUAUAGGGGUUAGGGGACAAAAAGUGGUCCCUGGAGGGAUUAAGCAUCUGACCUUUAAGUGGUCCCUUUAGGGUCUUCAAAGUCAAAAAUCUUGAUCCUGUGGGUAUUUUUCCAUUCGAAAAACGCAAAUAUAACAAUAAUCGACCAGUAUGCUUUCCUAUAGGGGCCACUUUAGCAACCUUGAGUGUCUACUAUAGGGGAAGAUAAAAUGAUCCCUAUAGGGAAACCUUCAAGGACCCCUUUGGUUGCCCCUCUUAGUCAUAACUUAUUGAUGUCAGAGUGGUCCCUAUAGGGGUUAGGGGGACAAAAAAAGUGGUCCCUGGAGGGAUUAAGCAUCUGACCUUUAAGUGGUCCCUUUAGGGUCUUCAAAGUCAAAAAUCUUGAUCCUGUGGGUAUUUUUCCAUUCGAAAAACGCAAAUAUAACAAUAAUCGACCAGUAUGCUUUCCUAUAGGGGCCACUUUAGCAACCUUGAGUGUCUGCUAUAGGGGAAGGUAAGAUGGUCCCUAAAGGGGAACCUUCAAGAUCCCUAUGGUUGUCCCUAUAAAGACCACUUCAGCGUUCCUAAGAGAUUCUCUACUUUAAGUCCACUUAAGGUACCACUCAUCGAUUGGGAGAUGUCGAAUAAGCGACCCAGCGGGAAACGAAGUUCCCUGAUGACUUACUCAGUAAGACCGCCGAUUGAUCAACUUCUGGUCGAUUAUAUUAUGUACAAAGGCUGGCGGAAUAUUGUCUAUAUUCACGAUGGGGCCAAUGGUGAGUCUGGGGGAGAGGGUGGGUCUUGGUUUGAAAAAAAUAGGGUUUAAAAAUCAUUAUAUUUAUCUUUAAAAAAACCAUUUUGCAGCCUUGUUCCGGCAAAAUGCUUUGAAAAUUGUAGCGAAAUGAAAGCAAAAAGCAUCAGAAUAAAGAAAUAAUUUGCCAAAACGGACUUCUUCUGAACUAUACUAGACUUGUCAAAACGCAUACUCGGACUUACUCGGAAUGGUGUAUAAUGGCUGCUAGAAGGCUCAAAAAAGGCCGCAAAACGGCAGCAAAAAGAGUCCUUUUAACGAACCUUCCAUUUUUUUAGGAUUUAUAAGGCUCAAGAAAUGCUAAAAAGAGGAAGAGGCAGCAAAAAUGGUGCAAAAAGGCUGAGAAAAUGGCGCGAAAAGACAGCAAAAAAGAACAUUUCUAUGGAACCUUUUUCCACCCUUUCCGGCUAUGCUUUUUGGGUUUCUGAUAUCCCUGUUUCGGCUCGGGAUCUUGUAAUUUAUUUGUUUCAGAUUUCAUUGAGUACGAAACGUAA